GACGUUACCGACGCCUCUGCCGGCUAACGGUACGGUGCUGGGCGGUACCAUGGAGCUACACGGCACGAACAUAUCGCUGGCCUGUUUCCAUGGCAACAGUUUCAAGGCCAAGUCCUGGGCGUUGUUCAGCCUGAAGGACCCGUGCAUCAGUUUUGCCACCGAAGCGCAGCAGGUCGCGAAUGAUGAAGAGGAGUUGGAAGUGCACGUGGUGCAGAGUUUGACGGCGAGCCUGGGUGGUGCGGGAGUGGCACGGAGCGGUGGUGGUGGCGGCCACCAGUCCGUCGCCACCGUGUGCCGCAUGACGCGUGCGCUGCUGUUCCCGCCGCAGUUCAAGACAUUGCGAGAAUGGUUCCAUUAUGCGUUCGCUAACAGCGAGAUCGACGCAAUCGAGAUGUUCCCGUCACUGGAGCGCGAGGCAGGCAUGGGCCCCGGGCCGGGGGCAGGCGCAGGCGCGGCGCCCAGCACGGCGGCGCCCGGGGCGAGCGGCUCGACGGAGCGCAAGGGCGGCGGCGGCGGCGGCGCGGGCGGCGGGGCGGGCGCGGGCGCGGGCGAGCAGCACGUGCGCGAGGUGAUCUUCGCGCUGCCCGCGCUGCAGCUGCACCUGCGCACGCACCACCUGCAGGCCGCGCGCGCGCCCGGCGACGGCGAAGAGAAGCCAGUCGUGGAGUGCAGCUUCAUCACGGAGUUCGAGGAUCACAUAUUCGUGUCGGUGGACGCGGAGGCGUUCCUGUUCCUGCACGAUCUCAUAUCUUCGUACAUCAAGGAGAAAGAUCGCGUUAUGCCCGGAGCUGGUCGGUCGGCGUGGGGAGAGGCGAGCACCAGCGGAGCCAACAACGCAAACAACACCAACAACACGCGGACUCCAAAGCCCGAGGGACUCGCGCAGGACUACAGGGAUUACCGCUGCAUCACCUGGCACCUGGAGCCGACUGUCAGAUUACUAUCAUGGGCGGGCAAGUCGAUCGAGCCGUACGGCGUGGACUACAUCUUGCAGAAGUUAGGGUUCAGCCAUGCGCGGACCACCAUCCCCAAGUGGCUGCAGCGCGGGACCCUCGACCCGCUCGACAAGGUGCUCUCGCUGGCGCUGCUGCGCCUCGUCGCCAUCGUGCCGCACAAGUAACUACACUACAGCGCCAUCUAACGCCACGCGGCGGAACUAGUUCAAUUAUACUCUUACACAGGUCAGGUGCUUUUGAGUGUCAUAUUUGAAGAGUUAUUGGGUGGAAUGACAAGAGAAUUAUGUCUAAUGCCGCCAAAAACUACCUGUCUAGUAAAGCAGGCAAAGUUGAUUAAGCAAUAAGAGGGUUUUCAACCGAAGGUAAUAAUAUAAUACAAUAAUAGCGGCCAUCUUGUAUUAUCUACGUACAUCUGUUGCUUGCACUUGAGUAUAUCUACUGCGGACAAGCAGUCUUAACAACUUUCCAAGAAACCUAGUUAAAAAUAAUUUGAGUAUUUUCAUUACUAUUGAUAUUAUCUGGUAUAAAAUAAUAUAAAAGAACAUUCCCGUUUGAGAACUGAUUGACAAAUGUAUAUUAUCUUACUAAAAUAUGUGUAAUAUAAUUAAUACCAAAUACAUUACUGCCUUCAAAUAUAAUCACAUUAAUUAAUAAGAUAUGUAGUGAAACGAUUAUUUAUAUAUUCCAACUAUGAGUAGUGAGACGACAUAAAAUGUAUUUCCAUCGAUAUAUAAACGUAGCUACGACCAAUUAAUAAGAUAUCGAUUAAUUUUAUUAGCACCAAUAAAUCGAUAAUGUGUUGUCUCACUAUUCUUAAGUGUAUAAUUAGCAAUAAUGAAUUUAUAUGUUAGACAAAAUUGAAACGAACGAGGGCCUCGUACAAUAAUCGAUAUCACUUGUAAGUAUAUUCAUAUAUGUUCAUUAUAAAGAUGUCCGUACCUUAUCGACAUAUGAAAGUAGUUUAGUGUUGUUACGAAUUUAGAAUAUAAAUUAUAUAUUUUUUUGAUUUCCUUAUCGAUAUAUUGUGUAUAUUUUAGGAACAAAAUUAUUUUAUCGAUAUAAAAUUGUAUUCUCGUCAGUUCGUGGUACUUUAUAGCAAAAUUUUCUUUAUUCGCAUUGGAAAGUUAAAAAUUUAAUCUUAGCGAAUAUCGAUAAUUGUAAAAUUAUUAUUGAGAGUGCGAAUAGGUAGCACUUUCUUCUUCGUAAAGAAACUGUGUUUACGUAUACUGUGUUAGAAGGAAUCAUAAACUGUUUGUCUGUCUAUAGUCCAUGAAUAUAUUUUUUAUGUAUUGGUUUAUAGGGUAUAUCAAGAUCUAUCAGCAAUAAAAUAAAAAUACUCCGUUUUCAAUAUAGCGGUAAAAGCGGUUCGCGAUUAAAUUGAAAAUAAUCAAUAGCGGAGUAUUAUGUUUUGUUAUGUAACGAAAAUACAAAGACUACUUUCUAUAUGUCUAUAUAGAAAGUAUUUACGAUAUUAGUGAAAUAUUAUUUUAUCGAAAAGAGAUUCAUGGUCACAUAUUAUGUUUCCAAAAUGAUAGUAUUUACGAGUAAAGAAUUUAUAAUUUUAAAACCCUAAUAAUUCCUUUACCAAUAAUAUUUUUUAUUCCAUAAGUAAUAAAAAUAAAUAACUUCAAGUCAAGACCUCUUAUGUCAAACUUAUCGACUCAGUUACAGCCUAUAGGAAAUUUAAAAACAUCACGUCAUGAUGGUUAAAUUAUUUUUAAUUUAUUAUCGGUGUUUGUAGGUGCAAUUUGAGUUAUUUAUUCCGUGGGAGUGGUGGGUUGUGGGAAGUGUAAAGGCGUAUGCACACGACAUCUUAAACGAGCUAAAAACGCGCGAUUUUUAUACACACCUUGAUUUGUAAAAAUAUAAACUGACCAAGAAAACGCAAUCUGCUUGAGGGCGCCACUAUCGCUUAUUUUAUUUUAAAGUUAACGUUGUCAAUAUAAUAAAUUAGUUCGAUAUUUUACCACUACAUGGCGAGGUUUUUUAUUUUUCUGGUCGAAGUACACAGCUCCCGACCAAAUCGCGUUUUAGUUGUACGUUACUUCAGUAUGUUUAAUAACGUGUGCAUAGGCUUCAAACUGUAGCAAUGGACUGAAACUAACUGCUGAUGCGGACAAAUGUAGGUUAGGUGCUAAUGACACUGGUCAUUGCAGGUGUAAUGUGAUUGUAAUGUAGAGAGAUGGUGUUGUUGCACUGACAAUUAGCUUCAAAACUUAUAUGAAUGCGAGGGUUGGAUGGUUUACAUUAAAAUUGCCGGGUUACAACAAUUCAUUUAAAACAACAGAACAUAUGGUUGCCUUGCUCUACAGAGGAGACUACCUAUACAUCAUACAUCUUUGUUAAAAUAUGCCAAGAUAAGUAUGCAUUACAAUGCCAUACAGUAUUUUGUCUUUGUAUUGUGAUCUUUAGGCGAGAAAAUCUUUUUUUAUUGCUUUAUAUGACGAGACUAGCUUACCGUUCGCCUGAUGGUAAGCGAUACGAUCGCUUAUAAACAGUAGAAACACCAUCCAACACCUUUAAUUACAAAGUAUUGUUCGGUUUUCCACUGCGCUCACCAUCCUGAGACAUGAGAUGUUAAGUCUUAUGUCCAGUAGUUACACUGGCUAGUAUUUCGAAAUUUGAUUGUUUGUUUUUCUAAUUCUAUUUUAUAUCUUACAAAAUGUAUAGUAUUGGAUACACACAUGUCUAACUAUUGAUGUUACAGUCAGUGCAACAAUACGAUCGAUUAUUUUGCGUUGCAAAAGAUUUAGUUUUAUAUAUAUUUAGGAUCACAUUGAAAUGGGCUUUACUGUACGAAAUGUAAUUAUUGUAUUUGAUAAUUUGUAAAUAAUGUAUGUGAUAUAAAUCAAUAAAUUAUAUUAGAGUAUUA